GGCGGGAAAGUGGAGUGGAGGGUUCCCAAAUUCGCGGAAUUGCUGAGAGCUUCUUCAUAGCCAGUGGCGGCGAAUAAACUGAACCACAGAAAACCCAGCCUCAACCUUCACUCCCGCCGCCAGCCUCCGCCGUUUCUCUCUCUCUCUCUUCCUUCUCUUUGCUCUAUUGGGUCGGUGACUCCUAAACGUCAUCUGAAACUGAAGGAGCUUGCUUUUCUCUAUCUCAAGGAAAUCUGAACCCAGUUAUUUUCCAUGGAAACCAAGGCGGAUGGUGGAGAUAGCUCGCUUGUUCUGAUCAAGCAAGGAGCCGAAGCUAGGGUUUUUGAGUCAGACUUCGUGGGAAGGAGGUCAAUUGUCAAGGAGCGUUUUUCAAAGAAGUAUAGGCAUCCGUCUUUGGAUGCAAAGCUUACGCUCAAGCGCCUCAAUGCGGAGGCCAGGUGCAUGACGAAAGCAAGACGGCUCAGGGUCUGUACUCCAGUGCUUUACCAUGUAGACACUGUGCUGCAUACCCUAACAUUUGAAUACGUGGAGGGUCCUUCUGUCAAAGAUGUAUUUCUUAGAUUCGGGUUAGGCGAUGGAAGUGUUGCUGAAGAACGCAUUGAUGAUAUUGCAAUGCAGAUUGGUCAAGCAAUUGCGAAACUACAUGAUGGUGGCCUCAUUCAUGGGGACUUGACCACAUCUAACUUGUUAAUCAGAGCUAGUACUAAUCAGUUGGUUGUCAUUGAUUUCGGUCUGAGCUUUACAUCAACCCUUCCAGAAGACAAAGCUGUGGAUUUGUAUGUACUGGAAAGAGCUUUGCUCUCAAUGCAUUCUUCGUGUGGGAAUGUGAUGGAUCGGAUACUUGCUGCGUAUCGGAAGUCCUCAAAGCAGUGGUCAUCCACAUUAAACAAGUUAGCUCAAGUGAGACAACGAGGCCGAAAGCGCACCAUGGUUGGAUGAGCGCUGCUUCAACUAUCAUUCACAUCAGGAUAAGCAAAAGGAGUAUUUGCAGGGCGACACGCAACAGUACACUCGUUAUCUUCGUGUAAUGUUUAGCUGUAACUUGCAAGUUAUGAACAUGUAUUCCGACUUUGAAUUCAGUAGUAAUUUAUGUCUAGAGUGCAUGUCCUUGACAUCUAAAUUAUAGAAAGUUGUGUGUUCGAAUUUUUUUC